AUGACUGAUCCAACGAGCAAAAGAAAAGAAAUGCAGAGUAAAAUGGCGUUGAGUAAUCGGCAUUCUUCUGGAAUUGUAAUUCGAUCUUCGAUUUCUACUCUGAUGCUCUCCAUGUUCGCUACACUUGCUUCCUUCUAUAUCGCUGGAAGGUUAUGGCAAGAUGCUGAAGGGAGGGUUUACUUGACAAAAGAGCUAGAUAGAAUCACUGGGCAGGGACAUUCUGCAAUAUCUGUGGACGAUACUCUUAAAAUUAUUGCCUGCAGGGAACAAAGGAAGAAAUUGUCGGCUAUUGAGAUGGAACUGGAGGCAGCUAGACAGGAAGGCUUUGUUUCCAGUUACCUAGUAGAGAAGGAUAAAAUCUCCGACAAAAGGCCUCUAGUUGUCAUAGGAGUUCUUACAAGAUUCGAUCGCAAGAACAAUAGAGAUGCUAUACGCAAGGCAUGGAUGGCAUCUGGCAGAGCUUCAAAAAAGCUGGAGGAUCAGAAGGGAAUUAUUGCACGAUUUGUGAUAGGCAGGAGGUUCUCUUUCUCGUGCUUUCAUUUUUAUAUCCUCUUCUUUAAUUUAUUUUUGGAUUUAAUUAGUGAAUUGCCUUGCAGUUCCAAUCGUGGAGAUUCCUUUGAUAGAAACAUUGACAUUGAAAACAAACAGACAAAUGACCUUUUCAUCCUAGAAAACUAUGUUGAAAAACACGAGGAACAAGCACAGAAGACAAAAUUAUUUUUCUCCCUCGCUGCAGAAUAUUGGAAUGCUGACUUCUAUGCAAAAGUUAAUGAUGAUGUAUACGUAAAUAUCGAUGCAUUUGGAACUACACUUGCUUCAUAUGCGGGUAAACCUCGUGUGUAUAUGGGCUGCAUGAAAUCGGGAGAAGUAUUUUCUGAACAGAGCCACAGGUGGUAUGAACCAGAUUGGUGGAAAUUUGGAGAUGGAAAAGUGUACUUUCGCCAUGCAUCAGGUGAGAUGUUUGUCAUAUCAAAGGCUUUGGCUAAGUUCAUCAAUAUAAACAGGUCCAUUCUAAGGGCCUAUGCCCAUGGUGAUGUAACUGUUGGUUCCUGGUUUAUUGGAGCUGAUGUUGAACAUAUUGAUGAGAGGAAGCUCUGCUGCUCAUCUUGGUCAACAGGAGCCAUCUGUUCAGGAGUUUAA